AUGCUGAGGAUGCGGUCGUGGCUGGUCCCGUUGGCUGCAAUUCUUUGCUUCUUCGCAGUGCAGGCUACUGCGGAGAAGCUCGGGAGCUCUGUAUCUGAGCUCAGUGUGCCAGAGAUAGAGGAUAAGUUGCAGGACUGCCCUCUGGUUCAAUCUCUCAACGAGCAUAAGGCGGCGAGCAACCCUCAAACAUCAAGUCUUACUUCCCGGAUAUUCGCCUUUCUAUUCCCUGGCAGCCCCGCUGUCAAUGCUCUGCUUGCGACUCUCUACAUCUCCGGACCACCUAACUUUCUCCUCGCGCUAUGCCCCCCGAACAUCGACCCCUCUUCGCUCUCUAUCAUGGUCGCAUUUGCCGUCGGCGGCCUUUUAGGUGAUACGCUUUUCCACCUCCUUCCCGAAAUUUUCAUUGGUGAAGACAGUCCCGAGCACGUCCGCUUUGUCAUGGUCGAGCCCAACAAGAACCUCCUACUCGGACUCGGUAUCCUCGUUGGAUUCGUCACGUUUGUAGCCAUGGACAAAGGUUUACGCAUUGCUACUGGUGGCGAAGGUGGGCAUGAUCACGGACACGUGCAUGGCCAUACGCACCAAAAGUCCGGAGACGAUUCCAAGGCGAUCUCGUCCGGAGCCUCGACAGGCGCGGAAAACAGUGAUGCUCGGCAGCGCAAAGCUCCCGUUGCUGAAAAAGACAGCCAAGUGUCCGCUCCUGAAAAGGAGAAAGACACUAACACCUCCAUGAAGCUGGGUGGUCUGCUUAACCUCAUUGCCGACUUCACCCACAACAUCACCGACGGCUUGGCCCUUUCUUCUUCAUUCUACGCCUCUCCAACAAUCGGUGCGACUACCACUGUUGCUGUCUUCUUCCACGAGAUCCCCCACGAGGUAGGCGACUUUGCCCUCUUGGUCCAGUCCGGCUUUUCCAAGCGUGCUGCCAUGGGCGCACAGUUUAUCACUGCAGCCGGCGCGUUCUUAGGAACAUUCAUCGGCAUUGCUAUCCAGGAGCUCGGCAAGGAUACCGGCUCGAAAAACGUCUUUUCUGAUGCUGUGUCUUCUACUUCUUCAAGCGCAGGAAUCUUUGGCACAAGUCUCCAAUGGGGCGACAUGCUUUUGCCCUUCACUGCAGGCACUUUCCUUUAUGUCGGCACCGUCUCUGUGAUUCCGGAAUUGUUGGAGACUGGCCCGAACCGAGGGGCCGAGUUCCGCAAGACUUUGUUACAAUUUAUUGCCAUGGCCGCUGGAGCUGGUAUCAUGCUUGGAAUUUCGUGGUCAGAAUAA